UGUAUCAUUCCGUAAAGCAACUGUCCGGGAAUUAAAUAAUUAGGAUUAUGCAAAAACGACUGAAAUGGAUGAAAUAAUCUGAUGGAUUUUUAAAUGAACAGCUGGAUCCUACUUUGGUGAGCCUUCCCCCUCUACUCUUGUUGCGCAGAGGAUAGUGCUUCGCUGAAGUCCUUUGGGAAUAGAGCACAGGGACGGAUCGACAGACGGUUGCAACAGGUGCAAACUGUUCCCGAGCAUCAUCGCUGACCUGUCAUUGAGGACAUCUCAUUGAACAGUCCUACAAAAUUUUCACAUUUUUGCGGGUGACCGUCUCGUGCGUCACGCUCAGAAUGCCUGUCCUGAUGAGUCCGGAGAUCGCCUCCAAGUUUAAGGAGAAAUGUCUGAAAUUACAGCCGGAGAACCAGGACACCGCAGCCGGGUCAGUGCACCUGGACGACAGCCUGACCAGCCUCCACUGGCUUCAGAACUUCUCCAUCCUCAGCACUAACUCAGAAAGAUCCACCGGCACCGGCUCCGGUUGCCCCUCACAGCACCUGGUCUCCUACCACCAGCGCCUGUACCCCCUGGGCACCGACUCCCCGUCUAGCCCUCCAGCAGGGGACACGGCCGCUACCGGGAUGCCUCUCUGCCUCGGGAGCCCCGUUACCUCUGGCAGUAACUCCACCGACGCGCGUUUGGUGAAUUAUCCACACCACCAAACCACAACCUACCCUCACCUCAACCACCACAUCACGCAGAUCAUCCCACCAGAGGAGAUUGACUUUAAAGCGAACCCCAAAGUCAAACCACCUUAUUCCUAUGCCUCUCUCAUCUGUAUGGCCAUGCAGGCCAGCAAGAAGCCCAAGGUGACUCUUUCCACCAUCUAUAACUGGAUCACAGACAACUUCUGCUACUACAGACAUGCUGAGCCCAGCUGGCAGAACUCUAUCCGCCAUAACCUCUCGCUCAACAAGUGCUUCAUGAAGGUGCCGCGGCAGAAGGAUGAACCAGGGAAAGGAGGCUUCUGGCAGAUCGACCCUCAGUACGCUGACAUGUUCGUCAACGGAGUCUUCAAGAGAAGGAGAAUGUCCUCCAGCCACUGCAACACCCACAGGCAGAGCAAGCUCCUACACAACCAGGAAACUGGCUACCACAGAGCCACUCAGCAGGGCCAAGAUGGCUACCACUACCAAGGAGCUGGAGCCGGCAACAAGCGUAAACAACCUUCUCCAAGGCAAAACAGCAAGAUGGCGGGGACACCCAAAUCCCCACUGUUAGCCACAGAGGCCCACAGCGCAGAUGUAGUUCUGAGGGGAGACUUUGACCUUGCAUCUGCGUUUGACGAUGUCCUCAGUGGAAACUGCAGUACAUUCGAAGACCUGGACAUCAACACUGCUCUGAGCUCCCUGGGCUGCGAGCUGGAUCUGACCCUGCAGGAGAGGCACUCUGUCGGGCUGGGGAGGUGGUGUGGAGAGGGGGACAACCAGACCCAGACCCAUGACUCUUAUGGCUACAUGGAGCUGAGUGGCUCAGUGGGAUGUAAUAGUAGUAACAUAGGGAACCUUUACAUUCAACAACAGCAGCUGAACCAGGAUCAGUUGUUACAGACCCACCUGCACCAGUUUGAGGAGGUGACUCUGUUCCCAGAGCAGCAGGAGGUGCACCCCUGGGAGGAGAUGAAGGAGGAAGUGCAGGCCAUCCCUCAGACUCUGGAUCAGGGCUUUGGUCUGUGUGAAGGAUUCUUCUCAGAGAUACAACCCUGGGAGAGGGCUGAGGCCUACCUGUGACAAACCAACCACUGUUGAACCAAUGCUUACGCCAUGACUUCCUUAUAGUAAAUUCUGGGACAGGGGAUUCAGGAGACUGCUGGUCAUUCAUGUCCUGUCCAUGCAGUUCCUUCAGACUAUGGUUAAAGACUGGGUUGUUGUGGUUUGAAGGAGCAUGUUGUAUUUGUUUCACAAGACAAUGAAACACUAUUGGUCUUAGCUUCUGCUAUGUGCUCCACACUCCAAACAGAUAUGCACUCUGUUGGCUUGUGGGGCAGACCUACAUACAGACGACUAUUUUUCUACAUUAGCCUCAUGAAAUCUUAUAUACAUAAAAUGUAUUUUUUUCUUGUUAGUUUUUUUGCAUGAUGUUUUUGAGAGAUCUAUGCUGUAUGUUUAUGACUUUAUGAAGAUCUAUAUUUCUGGUUUGAUCGCUGACUAGAGAAGUCAAUGAAGUCAAAUGCAGUACUUAGUGUUGGGUCAUAGUCAAACCUAUUGAUCCAAUUUCAAUGUGUUUUUCAAGUAAUCAAUUUAAUAUAUAUAUAUAUAUAUAUAUAUAU